AUGCGCCCCGACACAAUCGUCGCAACUACUGGUCAAUACCAGUCUCUCCGCGAUAUCGAGGCGGUUCCAGGAUACCACCGUAUUGUCUUGCAGAGCACCGGCCGCACUAUCCACGCAAUCCACCCGAUCAAUACCAAAUACUUGAGGAUGCUUGCCGACCCAGAGCUAUUGGACUUGCUGUAUGCAUUAGUCGACCGACUACAGAACGAAGCUCUACCGGUUGAUAGUACCGCUAUAGCCAUGGAGCCGACAUUGGAGUUGGCCGACCAGUACCGUCGGCUUCGCUUCCUAAUGAAUGACAGCAUGGACGUCGACGGAGGGAAUGCUAGCGCAAACGGUGCUCAUAUCGCCGAGGAAGCUCUUCCGUCAUCCGGCGGUGCUAGAUCCCGACAACAUGCUCGAGAUCCACGGCAGUCAUUGUCGUACGUCCUCAACACUGAACAGUAUCAGCCUGUACGACCACGACGAGAUGUUGUUGGUUCAUCAGCCCGCAACGAGUCAGCUCCGCCUUCCAAUCUCGUUUGUGAUCUGGCCCCUCGCAUUUUCGAUUCGAUCGCUGAUGGUGAAGACGCUUCCGAUUCCUCCGAUAAGUCCGUUUCGGCGGCCGACUUUGACAUUCUCUAUGAUAGUGUUCAUUUCCAGCUUGCGGAUCUGGAGCGUGAUUUGCGGCGGAACUCUCCCGGUUCCCAUACUUUCACCGAGAUAUUGAACAUCGUCGCACUGGGCACAAUUUCCUCGGCCCGUCGUGCGAACGAGGAGUCUCGUCGUUUGGCAACCGCCGCCCGCCAUGCAGCUACCGAUGCUCAGCGCUUGGUUGAUGAUGCUCGGCAAGUUGUCAUGAUCGCUCGACGCCCGGCCGCUGGAGCUGGAUUACUUCGAAAGAAUGCCGCUGGGCCUACUAAUGAGGGUAUCGCGGCAGCGUCACUAUCGCAAACUCGAGAGCGUAACACUGUCCACAUGCCCGCUCGGUUUGUCGACUCCAGGGUUCGUCCUACCUUCGAAGAUGACGAAGAAGCUGAGAGCGAUGCCGAGGAUCUCGCCGCGCUUUUCUGCGACUCUUCUGGUACACCGGUUGGACGUGCUCCCUUCCCUGAGCUCUCUUUUCCAACCUCCGAGCUUAGGCGCCUCAGGCCGAAUGACUCCGACUAUCCCUCCGCCCGAGGUCCUCGCCUUAGCGAUGGCUUCCAUUCGGAUCGACCUGGCGGCCAUGGUCUUCCGUCCUCUCGACCUCUGCGGGCUGCAUUCACCCGCCAGACCCCGGCUCCCAAUGCGCGUGACACUCCACCCCAAGUCCGUGGACGUACACAACCCAUCGAUAUGUCCGAGCGUCGUCGCCCAUCGGGAACUCUGGGUACCUUUAAUGCGUUACCCGUCCGGGGCAAUAACAUCUCCAGCUUUGCGUGGCAUCCUACACAUCCGGAGACAUCUCCCUACACCCGUCGCUACUGA